AUGAACCGCUGGGCGAGACUCUCUCUCUCUGUCUGUCUGUCUCUCUGUUCAGUGAAUAGGAGGGAGAUGCUGGAUUCGGGAGGUCCGCCAUUAUUGGGAAGCUGAAAAAAAAAUAGACUUAUACACACCGUCACACAUUUAGCCUGUAAGGGGCUUAACGCUAGAAAGGAAAAUACAACAGUUUGGGACGAGCUGUUGUAGCUACACUGAAAAGCGGUUCUUUGGUUAAUGAAGGCAGAGCUUGUGGUCGCGUUUCAUACGGACUCUUUUUAUUUUUUGACACAACAAAGGAAAUAAUAAUUGGUCAAAACAACGUGGUGGCUGAACCAAGAAGAAAAAAACACACCGAAAUAGCGCUUUUACAACGCCUCCCCCCUUUUCUCCUCGUUUCCAGCCGGGGGUGGGGGGAAAAGACUGGAGUUUGAACAGCAUUUCAACUAGAAUUUAGUUGGUUUUUCUCUCUCCCCCCACCCCUCUCUCCUCAGACAGGGAGAGACAUGCAUCUCGUUUCUGAAAACUUCAGUCUGAUGAAAACGAACACUUGAUGUGGGAAGCAUUGGACACAUAUUCGUUUAUUCAAAAAAAAAAAAGAAGCGGAAAAUAAUCAAUGUGAGUGCUGGUAGGAAGUGUUUUUGUCUGUAUGUUUUUUUUUUUUUUUAAAGUCUUUCACCGGCUGUGAGUCGCAGAGGAGCAGAAAGAGAAAGGAAGGAGUGGACGAGAGAGGGAGGAAUGCUAUGGACCAAACCCCAGCUCAGUGAACUCCUCUUGCAUGGAAACCCUCCUUCCCUGGCAGCCUUUUCCUCUCCCUAGAGCUAUCGGCCAGCAUGGCAGGAUGAACCUCUGCCAGCGAUAAUGAUGGCCAAAAAGCAAGAUGUCCGGGCACCCACCUACAACCUGGUCGUGGUUGGCCUGUCGGGCACAGAGAAGGAGAAAGGCCAAUGUGGUGUGGGCAAGUCUUGCCUCUGUAACCGCUUUGUCCGGCCAAGUGCAGAUGACUUCCACCUAGACCAUACCUCCGUUCUCAGCACCAGUGACUUUGGAGGCCGUGUUGUGAACAAUGACCACUUCCUGUUCUGGGGAGAGGCUGGGCGGACCAUGGAGGAGGGGCCAGAAUGCCGUAUGAAUGUGGUGGAGCAGACGGAGUUCAUUGAUGAUCAGACGUUCCAGCCACACCGAAGCACAGCGCUCCAGCCUUACAUCAAGAGGGCAGCUUCUGCCAAGCUGGCUUCGGCUGAGAAGCUAAUGUACUUUUGCACAGAUCAGCUGGGACUGGAGCAGGACUUUGAGCAGAAACAGAUGCCCGAAGGCAAGAUUAUGGUGGAUGGCUUCUUACUCUGUGUGGAUGUUAGCAGGGGUAUGAACCGUAGCUUUGAGGACCAGAUGAAGUUUGUUACCAAUCUGUACAACCAGCUUGCCAAAACGAAGAAACCUGUGGUACUGGUUCUCACCAAAUGUGAUGAAGGAGUUGAGCGCUAUAUUAAAGACUCACACACCUUUGCCCUAGCCAAGAAGAACCUACAGGUGGUAGAAACAUCAGCACGCUCUAAUGUCAAUGUUGACUUAGCCUUUCUUACACUGGUUCAGCUAAUAGACAAGAGUAGGGGAAAGCCCAAAAUCAUCCCUUACUUUGAGGCACUGAAACAGCAGAGUCAACAGAUUGCCUUAGCCAAAGACCGCUAUGAGUGGCUAGUCAACCGAAUUGUGAAGAACCACAAUGAGACAUGGCCCAUUGUCAGUCGUCGCAUGCAGUCUGCCCCUGAGUACAAGGACUAUGUUUUCCUUGAAGGGACAGCUAAGGCCAAGAAGCUCUUCCAGCAGCAUGUGCAUAGACUUAAACAAGACCAUAUAGAGAAACGUAGGAAGGCCUAUCUAAGUACACUACCACAGGCACUGGCUGUAGUGUUACCACAGUUGGAUGAGAUAGACCACCUGAGCUGGUCUGGAGUUCAGAAAGUCCUAGAGACAAAGAGAGAUUUUUCCCAAUGGUUUGUAGUGCUAGACGACACCCCUUGGGAGACUACACCACACAUUGAUAACAUGGAGGAUGACCGAAUCCCCCAGGACCUCCUGGAGACCCCCGCAGCUGAAGCUAUCUAUGAGACCCACCUGGAGCACCUAAGGAAUGAGCGCAAACGGGCUGAGAUGAGAUGGGAGUUCAAGGACAAGCUAAGUGUCUCUCCUUUCAUCACACCCGGGAAACCCUGGGAGGAGGCUAGAAGCUUCAUCAUGAAUGAAGACUUCUACCAGUGGCUGGAUGAGGCUGAAUAUCUGGAUAUCUACAACAAACACCAGAAGGAAAUCAUUGACCGAGCCAAAGAGGACUUUCAGGAACUGCUUCUUGAAUACUCUGAACUCUUUUAUGAGCUGGAAGUGGAUGCAAAGCCAAGUAAAGAGAAAAUGGGAGCGAUUCAGGAGGUGUUGGGUGAGGAGCAAAGGUUUAAAGCCCUGCAGAAGCUGCAAGCAGAAAGGGAUGCUCUGGUAUUGAAACAUAUCCACUUUGUUUACCACCCCACAAAGGACACCUGUCCCAACAGCCCCCACUGUGUUGACAGUAAGAUAGAGCAGAUUCUGGCCUCCAGAUUCCCUACCCGCUACCCAUCAUCAGAUAGUUCAAGACUAGAUUUGGGGAGGGCUGAACGGAUUAAUCUUGUCAUCCUAGGAAAAGAUGGGUUAGCCAGAGAGAUGGCAAAUGAGAUAAGGGCCUUGUGCACCAGUGACGACCGGUACGUGUUGGAUGGCAAGAUGUAUGAGUUAGCCCUUCGUCCCAUAGAGGGCAACGUACGUCUGCCAGUCAAUUCAUUCCACACGCCAACCUUUACACCACAUGGUUGCCUGUGCUUGUACAACUCAAAGGAAUCCCUCUCUUAUGUUGUCGAGAGUUUAGAAAAGCUUAGGGAGUCAACUAUAGGCAGAAGGGAAAGGGAAAACAGCUUAUCCCAACUCCCACUGUCCCUCCUUCUGGUCACGAAGCGAGGGGUGGGGUCAAUUGGGGAUAUUGGGGGGGAGACAGCUCAGACUCUUAUCCAACAAGGACAGCAGGUAGCUGGAAAGCUGCAGUGUGCCUACCUAGACCCUGCCUCUCCAGGCAUGGGCUACGGUCGCAAUGUCAACGAGAGGCAGAUCAACCAGAUGCUGAAGGGCCUCUUAGAAUCACGGAGAAGCAUAGGAAGCAGCUCCCCUCCAUUACCCCCUCCACCCUCUGCCUUCAGAGACUCUCAGUCCCAGCCAAUGCUAGAGGCAGACUUGAGGAUAGUCAUGUGCCUGAUGUGUGGAGACACGUACGACAUAGACCAGCUCCUUGCUCCCUUCCUUUUGCCCCAGCAUUGUCGUCCUGCUGCCAGUCUCAGCAGUGGCACCUCCGUUUUGCUGGAUCUCAGUAUAGGAGGUCAGAGGCAGAAUAUUGAGCUGUCACUGCUCUCCUUUCAUUCCUCAUUCUCACUCCGCAAGACCAAGCUGGUCCACGGCUACAUUGCAGUUUACUCUGCUCGCCGCAAGGCUUCUAUGGAGACGUUAUGUGCUUUCCUGUGCGAGGUCCAAGACAUCAUCCCAGUCCAGUUGCUAGCAGUAGGGGAGAGUCAGAUGGAGCUGUCAGACUCAGAGUCAGCUAAGGAGCAGGUCAGCCAGGGAGAGGAACUUGCCCAUGAAAUAGAGGCCAGGUUUAACACAGUGAUAUGUGGACAUGGUGGGGUAGUAGGGGGGCUUCAUAAGAUAGACCUUUUCCAAUCCUUCCUCAAAGAAGCGGUAGAGAAGCGCACUAUUGUGGAGGCCACACACAUGUAUGAUAAUGUGGCUGAGGCAUGUACCAAUGAGAGCAUCAGCCCUCGCUGUGGCUCUCCUAGUCCAGUUAACAUUCUUAUGGACUCAGAGGACGAUAUCGACCCAUCACCACCUUACCCUACCCUGAGGGAGGAUGGCAGUCUGAGUUCCCACCUGGGAAGCUUCAAGCUGCCAGAUCUGGAUUCAAGUGAUACCUUCUCUGUAAUUUCUGAUCUCAGCACCUUUGAGAGCAAGCUGAACAACAAGGUUCCACCACAAGUGAAGCCGAAGCCUGUACGUAAGGUUAACCUCGGCCCCUACAUGGACCAGCAGGGUGGCACCAACCGCCGCUCUUUGCCCCAAGCUGUCACCUGGGCUCCAGGUAGCGAUGGUGGCUAUGACCCCUCAGACUACGCAGAGCCCAUGGAUGCUGUGAGCAAACCUCGACCUACAGAAGAGGAGAAUAUUUACUCUGUCCCUCAUGACAGCACACAGGGCAAGAUCAUCACCAUUCGCAACGCCAACAAAGGUCACUCCAAUGGAAGUGCUGGAGGGAAUGGGUCCGACAGUGAGGCUGAUAGCAGCUCACUGGAGCGCAGGAGAAAGUUGUCUGCCAUUGGGGUAAAGCCUAAGCUUUACAGAGACAGAUCCAAACGACUUGGCAAGUUCAGCAGUUUUAGGACGAGCUUCUCUAUAGGCAGUGAUGAUGAGAUGGGGGGUCCACCCAAGGCUAGUCAGGAUGAGGUAGGAGCCCAAAAGGACAACUCCAUCGAGGAGAUUGAGGACCCCAAGAAGAGAAAUAUUCUCAAGAGCCUGCGCAGAACUGCAAAGAAACCACGACCCAAACCCAGGCACUCCAUCUCAAAACCCAUUGAGAGCAACUACUUUGGUAUUCCACUAGCCACCGUGGUCACUCCUGAGAGGCCUAUUCCAGUCUUCAUUGAGAAGUGCAUCCGUUUCAUUGAAACAACAGGGUUAAACACAGAGGGCAUCUACAGGGUCAGCGGGAACAAGGCAGAGAUGGAGAGCAUGCAGCGCCAAUUUGACCAAGACCACAACCUGGACCUAGUAGAGAAAGACUUCACUAUGAACACAGUAGCUGGAGCCAUGAAGGCGUUCUUCUCUGAGCUACCUGAGCCUCUGGUGCCCUACAGCAUGCAGGGAGAUCUGGUGGAGGCCUUCAAGAUCAACGAUAGGGAGCAGCGCUUCCAGACGAUGAAGGACAUUCUGCGCCGCUUCCCCAAGGAGAAUUACGAGGUCUUCAAAUAUGUCAUCAGCCACUUGAACAAGGUGAGCCAGAACAACAAGUUGAACCUCAUGACCAGUGAGAAUCUGUCCAUCUGUUUCUGGCCCACACUGAUGAGACCAGACUUCACCACCAUGGACGCCCUGACUGCCACCCGUACCUACCAGACAAUCAUCGAGAGCUUCAUCCACCAGUGCGCAUACUUCUUCUACAAUCAGCCGCUGGCUGACGGCCUCCCCGGCUCCCCCACCUCUACGCUCUCCGGAGGAGGAGGAACCUCGGCCUACUCCUGCAUGGCUGGAGGCUACUCAUCUUCGCCGACUCCGUCCCCGACUCCCUACGUCCUCCCAGCCACCCCUCCUGUCAUUCCUCACUACGGCCCUCCUAUCCACCACCACCACCACCACCACCAUCAUCUCCAUCAACAUCAGUCCCCACCCCACUCCCCACCUGCUACUCCCCAGUCUCCGAUCCCAGCCCUGCUGCCGCCCUCCCUGCACCCCCAUCACCCCCCUACGGAACAACACACGCUGUGAACCAGGGAUCAAGGGAAAGAGGGGAGAGAAAAAAAAAAACCCAGAAGAAGGUGGAUAAUGAGAUUCGGCGAGAUUUAAGGGUUUAGAAUAAGAGAUUUUGAAGUUUGGGAAGGAAUUGAAGAAGAAAAAUGGAAACGAGAACAGGAGGUAUGAAGAGAAGUUGGGAGGGAUACAGUAGAGUGAGAUGCAGUAUGUACAGGGAGAAACCUACAUGUUUGGGAGAAGAAGGGGGUGUUUGAGCCUCUGUUGCUUUUAGAAACAUGGACACACACAAGGCAGAAAAGGGGAACACUGAAGAGCCUCUGAACUGGCAGUAUGACCUUUUCCCUCCACGCCACUUUAUCCCUUUGUCUCUCAGUGUCAGUUCAUCUAGACCUGCCCUCCUUGCCUUAUAGAGAACCUACACACAAGCACACUAAUGAGUGAGAUGUAGCCAGUAACUAAAGGGACUCAGAAGUAAAGUUGAAAGGGGAAUGUGAACUCUGUUAUGUUAAGAUUGCUUCAACACACACACACACACACACACACACACACACACGACACAAACUGCCAGUGGCCAGUGUGCCUCCAACAACCAUUCUCCUCAAUCCCUUAGCCUCUAACUGUGCUGGGAAUUUUGGUGGAAGCUGCACGUUUUUGCAACCCGACCCAUCUACUGUACCUACCUGGGAGGAUGGGGCUGGGACAAAGUGGAGAACAGAGCGAGUCUUGAACACAUGUUUGUUUAUUUCGCCAUUGUACAGAGGACUUAAGCAAGAAACACGUGUUACUACUCACCCGACAGGAUGUUCUGUCCUCCACAACACACACACACACAUUCCUAUCUAUCCACCCCUCACACAGCCACACGCACGCAGACAAAUUCAGUUUCAGUUGAGGCAGUAUACCAAACACAGAAGAAGAAAAAAAACUCAACCGACCGGAUCUGCUGGGCAGAAAAUUGGAGCAAACGAUUAUGGGAACUUUCACAUCCUUUGCAUUAUGGGAAAGCGCCUCCCAGUCUCGUCCCUCUCUCUCUCUCUCUCUCUCUCUCUCUCUCUCUCUCUCUCGAUUUGAACUUUAACCUCAUGCCCUGUCUUUGCUAACACACAAAGAAAGCAGCUUAAAAAGUGGAUAUAUUAAUUGGUCUUGAUUCUACAUUCACAUUCCCACUGUCCCAACACGUUUUUUUUUUAAUUCUGUCCCUCCCUUUAACAAAAUCAUGGGAAACAAAGAAAAAACCAUGGGGCCUAUCACUCAAUGAGUGGCCUUGUGUGUGUAAGUGUCUGUGUGACUGUCUGUCUGUCUGUGUGCGCAUGUAUCCAUGCCUUUUUGUUUUACCUGAAUUUCCCUGUAUUAGGCAGAAAGUGGGAAUAAUUCCAGUCUUGGACCUUCACCUGUCAUGUUGCUCCUCUCACGCUGUGGUGGUUUUACGAGCAAGUCGGUGCUGCAGUUUCCACCGUAAGGACCUUGGUCAAAAAGCACUUUUCUGAGCACUUUGAAGGCACAUUUUAAAUUGGAGCUGCCAUGACAUGACAGCCAACGUUCACUUUAUUGUCAGUCCACCCUACACUCUCUCUCUCUCUCUCUCUCUCUCUCUCUCUCUCUCUCUCUCUUUCUCUUUCUCUGGGAGCACACCACUGACAUCUAGAGGAAGAAAUGGGUAUUGCAGACAUAACCUCACUUCCACUACUGCAUGGGCGUAGCACCAUUUUCCUACUGUGGUUAUUGUAACAUCAGAUUCUCUUCUAGGUGCAAUUAUUAAAAUUUAUUAUCACUGUAUGUCCGGUAUAAUUAAUUUUAGAACUCAUGGAGAUUAAGAGUGUAAAUAAAAGAACAACAGUUUAAAAUCUGGUACAAAUCAAUUGAGAAUAUAUACCGUAGAUUGAGGCUUUGUUGCCAUAUGUGGUUACAUUGCAGUUGAUUAGACAUGCAGUAAAUGAAAUUGCCUCUCUGUCUUUAGUCGUUAGUUUCCACUUCACCAAAGCACUCAGCCCUUUGUGAAGGAGUGCAUGCCACUUCCCAGACGCCAUGUUUUGAGUGGAAAGAAAUGAAGAUUUAGGAGAUUGAGGCACAAUGUAGCAUUACGGGCCAGAGAGUAAGAGCUGGAAGCGAGGCUCAAGCUUUGACAGGUGGGAGGGACGUCUUUUUAUUGUUUGGGAAUAAUUAGUAACCACUGCUCCAGGCCUCGGCGCUGUCCUCUAAGGACACAGCGUUGUGCCUCUGGAAAGAAGACUCAAACAGGCUCUCUGUAUAACCACUACAGCAGUAUUCCCCCGCUGUCACUGUUAUGCCACCACAUCCCCUAGUCAUUCCUAGUCCAAGAGAGACAGUUGGGUCUGUGAGAGACAGCAGACCGAACAGACAGUCCAUUCAUCCGUCUGCAUGACUGGAACGGAGCAUCACAGAAUUCCUCGGCCCAGCCUGCUGUUACCGUAGAAACCAGCGAGAUGGGGCUCGAGGAGAAUCGCUGAGCCCUGAUCGAAGCAGCUUUUGAAGUGUGUUUCUGUAAGCUCGAGAAAGUGUGUGUGCAUGUGAACUUAUGCGUGUUAAUGUUAAGCAGAUGCUCACCAAGGUCACUUAUUCGGUUUGACACCGAAUUGCAUCUCUGCAUGUCUCUCCAGAUUGUCCUCUCUGCCCAAAAGGAAGAAAAAAAACCUUUUAACCAAUCACUGAACUCUUAAAGGAGCUUUUAUAAGUCUACACUACCUAUUUACCAUGUGUUUGUGUGUGAUUAGAGAAUAUAGAAAUUAAGAGUGUGUGUGUGUUUGGGUGGGUGGGUUUGAGCUAACAUGCUAGCAAGCUGUGCUUGGCAGAUGGCCAGACACCAGCGUGAUCCAAAUAAACGUGAAAGAGAGGAAUGCAGUUCUCCUUGCGGUCAUUACCCCGCUGUGUAACCCUGUUAGCUCGUCCAGAUUACACACACUGAUCCUCAGAGAAAGUGUGAGAGAGAUGGGGGAGAGAUUGGGGAGAGUGAGAGUGAGGGAAGACAGGCAGCAAACUGGUGAAUAGGAUCAUUAUUUGGGAGAUGGAGGGAGGAAGGAGGGGUACCACUGGUACUUGUGUGUGUGAACGCCGGCCAGUGGCGUUCCCUGUGUAUAUCAAUGUGUUAAUACUGAACUGACUGUGAGGCAGCCAAAGACUGUGGAAAAAAAAAAAAAAAAAAAAAAAAAAGGGUUGAGGGAGAGAGGGGAAGCAAAGUGACAGUUUAGAAGAACAAUUGAAUUAAAAAUGUGACUUUGGUUCAGCGAUAUGUGGCUGCAUUGCUUUUUUUUUUUUUUCUUUUUUGUUGCAACAAUGGUGACCGAUGUCUGUUAAGUUAAAAUGAGAAACAAGCAAAACUAUAUUCAAAUGGUUGUUUAUUAGUAUGUUAGGUCUAACACUUUGCCCUUUAGUCAGUGGUGAUAGAAAAAAAGUUUCUUUUUAUGUUUUAUUUUAAUAAUUAAAAACACACAAAGCAUUUUUUUUAACAAUUUCUCUGUGAUCGAUUGAGAGACCAGCCCAGUAUAGUGCAUGAUUUCUUCCCAACCAAGGAAGAGGGCUCCACCACUCUCACUAUUUAAGAGAUGAUUAAAAAAAAAUAUUAAGAAA